AUGAUGAAUGACCAAAUCAGAGAGGCAAUGACCUUAAUGUCCAAGCUGACGCUAGACCAGAUCGAGUCGGCAAUGGCAACCGGCAUUGCUACAACAGCAUCGCUCAAGAUUACGGAUAUCCUCGAUUCACCCGGCCCUGACUUCAGCGCCCAAGAUAUCGACGGACUGUACGACGCAUGGCAGCCGGAGCAGCACGCGCAUCUUCUUAAGCUUAUGCCUGCGUUAUAUCUUCGCCAGCAAGCCAGUUACACCAGGAUAGAACAGAUACUACAAUCACGCAGCCCGAAAGCCUACGACUUGUACAAAGUCUACCCCGAUGGCAAGAGAGGGUGGAUCGAGGUGCCCCAAACCACGAACCUGAAGGAUUUCACGCUCACCUCGUUUGAUGAGGAUUCGCUCGAGAAGUCCUUGAAGUCCUAUGAGGCUAUAUUGAAAGCGUCCCGAAAAAUUGGCAUACCGAAGACACCGGCGGACCUUGCCAAAGAAAAUGUGAAAGCCGACACCCUCAUGAAGACAGCCCUGCUGCGUAGGGCAGCCAGCAGUGCAGGAAUCAACCUGACGAUAACGGCUUUAUUCGACAUAAGACUGCUUAUUGACGGUGAUGUUAAGGCCUACCUUGUCAAAAUUGGAGUCAGUGGGUUGUAUGGUGGUGCCGUUUCGGGCUGCUCGGCUUGGAUUGAGCAUCCAUUUUUCGGCAACGGCGCCGUGCUAGGCGUUAUUGUUGGGUCGGCAUUCGGUGUCGUCAGCCUCGCGUGCACUGGGGACUGGGCCCGGUUUGGGAAGAAUGUUGGUCUGAACAUUGUUGGCUCGGUCGGGGGAUGGGCCGGGGCACAAGCUGGCGCAUGGGGUGGGACUGCGGUGGGCGGGCCGAUCGGCGGCGUAAUCGGAGCCAUCGUUGGAGGUUUCGCAGGAGGAAUUGCCGGGCGUUGGAUGGCAACCGCGACCACCAAUUUAGCGGAGGAGACCGACGUCGAGAUUGACGGUUACUAUGAGCGGGUGAAGGAGCAGUGGGAAAAAAUAGGGAUUCAGCCUGAUCCUUCACUGUCCCGGCGAGAGUUUGUCAAGGCUGUGUUGAAGCAGGGCAGCGAUCCAAACUCGAAGGCGGUCCUUGUUCAAAUGACAGGAUCCAUGGCUGCCGAUGUGAAAACCUUGCAGGACAGUCUUAUUGGCUGGCGAGAUGGAAAUCCAGACGGAUUUGAGGAAUUUCUGAAACGUUUACGUGAAGCGGUUGCAAGUAGGGAAUAA